CCCGGCUUUCUUGAUCACUCUUUCUUGUACGUAAUAAAUACACACAUAUACCCAUGUGCAAGAAUGCGUGUGAGUCCACAACGUAUAUAUAUAAUUAUAAUGCAAAUGUCGUUUCAAUAAUUAUGAGUCCAAAUCCGAAUAACCCAAUAAUAUAAAAGGGGAAUAUGCCUCUGUCGCCAAAACGUUGAGUCUUGGCGAUUAAUAAAUCUCAAGUCCUCAACAUUUAAUUUUUUUUUUCUUUUUUCUUCUUGGUUUUGGAUUUUCUCUGGAAUUCGUUGCCUUCUUAUCAUAAUUUUCUGGCCGGGAUUUGGGGUUUGAUAGAUAAAAAUUUUCUCUAUUGGUUUGAUCAUCUGGGAUUCUGGGUAGUGAAGUAAAGCGAUCGGAACUCGGAAGGUGGAAUAUUUGAAUUGUGGGGAUUUUAUUGAUGUCAUUUAGUCUAUCUUGGUGAAUGGUGAUAGAUACAGAUUGUUUCCUGGGGUGAUUACUUCGGAAGGGCGGUUAUUUUUUAUGUUAUUAAUGAUAUUUGUUGAUCCAUUUUUUGUUCAAUUUCAAAGGAUUGAAUUUUGAGGUGGUAAAGUGGAAAUAUUUGCAAGCUUGGGUGUAGGCAAUGGGUGUAAUGUAGGGAAUAAGAGGAUUGAAUUUUGAGGUGGGAGAAGUGAAAACAUUGCAGGCUUGGGUGUAGGGAAUGGGUGUAAUGUAGAGAAUAAGAGGAUUGAAUUUUUGAGGUUGUAAAGUGAAAACAUUGCACGCUUGGGGUGUAGGGAAUGGGUGUAAUGUAGAGAAUAAGGCGAAAAAGACGCAAUCUUGAUGAGAAGGGGUGGUGGUUUUUGUGAUGAGGAUUGAGAUUGUGUCAACUAGAGGGUUGGGGGAUUUGAAUAUUGUGAGAAGAUGAAUGCAGUGGGGAGGCUUGGCAGCUAUAUUUCUAGAAGUGUGUAUACUGUUGCCACACCAUUCCAUCCAUUUGGUGGGGCUGUGGAUAUCAUUGUGGUGAGGCAACAGGACGAUAGUUUCAAAUCCUCUCCUUGGUAUGUUCGGUUUGGGAAGUUUCAAGGGGUCCUGAAGACGAAAGAGAAGGUGGUUAAGAUAUGUGUGAAUGGUGUGGAAAUGGAUUUCCAUAUGUGUCUGGAGAACGAUGGGCAGGCGUGUUUUCUAACGGAGGAGGAUGCGGAGAAUGGGGAGGAGAGUCCCUCUUCUCCUCCGGCUUGGGAUGGCGAGGAUGCAGAGGAACUGGCCAAUAGUAGACUGUCAUUGAAGUCUAAAAGUUGCAGUUUCGCUGGUGUGGACACGGUUGCAGCUACCAAGAUUGAUUUGGGCAAUGGGAAUGGCGUGGUUAGGAAAAAGUGGCAACGAUCAGGGUUUCUAGGGUAUGUUUUUGGCAGGAAACCGAGUGUCAAAGAAGGCAGUCUUUCGGAGGAUGAGAAGGAUGGUUGUGUUAAGGAUAAUCAUUUGGAGCAUGCCGAGAUUGCUGCUGAUCUUUUGGAGAUGAAAUGGACUACCAAUUACGACGCCCCCAAAUGCAUUAAAGAUAACAAUGCAUCAAAACUUUCUUCACAAGAUGUGUCAUCAAAGGGAAAUGAUCAUUCAAAAGGGGACUCGAAAAAUGAUAAUAAAGAGAGUGGUGUGAAUCCGCUUGACCAUGGUAGCGUAUCAGCUAAAUUGGAUUCUCAUGUUUUACAGCAGGAAAAAACUUUGCUGGAUCAUAAAAGUGUUGAUAGUUCACUAUCUAGCUUCCCGACAUUAGAGAAUACUGAAACUUCUGCUAUUGCAGUCAGUAUCGGGGACAAAAGUCCCGACAUUAAUUCAAAGUUAUCCCCGUCUUUCCAUGAUCAAGAGCAUAUUGAUAGUGAUGUGACUUCUUCAAACACACCAAUGGAUACUGAGGCUUAUUCACCACCUGUCUAUUCCCAUCCAAUUAAUUGUUCUCAUGAGGACGAAGAAGUGCAGGGCAUUUUUGCCAUCCCGAGUAUUAUUAACUCAACUCACGAAGCACAAGUUGAGAAAAGUAGUUCAAAAGAUUAUAAAAGUAGGCAGCUUCGCCGUCUUGAAUCUGAUCGUCUUUGUUCCUUCCACAGUACUGUAACAUCAGUAAGCUCGGAGGAAGAGGAGGAGGAAGAUGAGCAGCUCCUCUUUGGCGACUUUGAUGAUUUAAGUGCCAACAAUGAGAAAAAUACGUCGACUGUUCCUUCAGAUAACGAAGAAAAAGAAGCUUGUUGCUGCUUGGCUUCAGGUGGCUCUGAAGGAGUGGAUGAAUCUCAUGCUCCAUGCUGUGACUUAAAUUCUUCUUCAAAUGAGUAUGCCCAAUGCAAUCAACGCGGUGUUGCUGAUGGAAGCAAGUUGACGACUGUUGCAAGCAAUGUUGACAUUCCUGUCAUCUGUGAAGAUCCGCCCGAAAAAAUUCCAAGGAUGGCUAUGUCUUUACCCAAUUUGUGGGCUCAUGAUAUCGAUUUGUCUAGCAGAAAUGGUGAUCAGCAGUCGUCUGAGAUAUCACAGAGAACUGAAGUUGCUUCAAUCACACCCGAACCAAAUGUUAAGGCUGCUGAGCCAGAAACUGGGAAUUUGUCUCUACCGACUGAUGGCUCUGGUGGAACCCAGAGGACUUGGUCAUUUGCUUUCAAGAGAGCAAGAAGCUCAAAUGCCCCCCGGCCUUCUCAGAGUGACAUUGGAAAUAUUGCUACCAAAAGUCUUCCGAGAGGCAUAGGUGACAGAAUCGGAGAAGAUUUGCCUAAAGUUAAUAAGAAGAUAGUACGGGCACUCACUCCAACAUCUGAACAGCUGGCGUCUUUGAACCUUAAGGAGGGGAGGAAUGAAGUUGUGUUCACAUUCUCAACUCAAAUGCUUGGGGAGCAGAAGGUUGAUGCACAGAUUUAUCUUUGGAAAUGGGACAUGCGCAUUGUGAUAUCUGAUGUUGAUGGGACAAUUACAAGAUCUGAUGUUUUGGGACAAUUCAUGCCUUUGGUUGGGGUAGAUUGGUCACAGACUGGCGUUGUACAUCUCUUUUCAGCUAUUAAGGAGAAUGGAUAUCAGAUGCUGUUCUUAAGUGCUCGUUCAAUUUCACAGGCCUAUAUUACUAGACAAUUCCUAGUUAAUCUUAUGCAAGAUGGAAAGGGAAUGCCAGAAGGUCCAGUUAUUAUAUCUCCUGAUGGACUUUUUCCUUCUUUAUUUCGAGAAGUGGUACGAAGAGCCCCACAUGAAUUCAAAAUUUCGUGCUUGGAGGAUAUUAAGGCGCUGUUUCCUCCUGAUAGGAACCCCUUUUAUGCCGGUUUUGGGAACAGAGAUACCGAUGAGAUUAGCUACCUUAAGGUCGGAAUCCCCAAGGGAAAAAUUUUCAUCAUUAACCCAAAGGGCGAAAUUGUAAUGAACCGACAUAUCACCAACACGAAAUCAUAUACGUCCCUUCAAGCUCUCGUGAGUGGCAUGUUUCCUGACUUUACCUCAUCAGAGCAGCAAGAGGAUUUUAACUCGUGGAACUUCUGGAAACUUCCACCUCCCCCAAUUCGUCGUUGACACGAAGCUCGUGGAGUUUCAGCGUUCUUUGAGAUUGAAGAGAGCGGUUCCAGGUUAUACUCGAGCUUUAUUCUAAUCUCACUUGAAUCAGAUUGUACAGACAGCCGAGAACACAGUGCAAAAAUAAGGCUAAGAAAUCCUCACUCGAAAUCGCAGAGCAGAAAACUGGUUAAGCCGCCUGUGCAGGGAACAGAUCGAGUCUCGUUGAAUGGAUAAUUAUUUGGUAGAAAACGCGAUUCGAUUCGCGUUUCAAGUCGCCAUCCGUUUAGUGUUUAUGUACAUUAGAUAAGUCCACUAAACCUCGUGGCUUCAACUACAUAGAUAGCUUUGUUUUACAUGUAUAGUUCUGGUUUACAUUAGUAUAGUUGUAGGAAUAUAUCCCAUUUAAGGAUAAUAAUUUGAUAAAUUGUUUUGUUGGCAAUAAUACAUGUUGAUCAAGUUGUUUUCUUGGAAGUAAUAAUACAUCUGUAUAAUUGUUAGUUCAACAAUAA